ACUUACCUUACACUCUUCUGUCCUCCUUCCUUUGACUUUGCCACUAUCACACGACAGGCAUAUGAACAGCCUUCCGUCCUCUCCACUCACUCGGAUAGCAUAAACAAGACCAUCUUCAAUAUGAGGACUGUAUUACAGAGAGUGAAGUCCGCUUCCGUCACUGUUGACGGUCAGCUGAUUUCCUCCAUCGGCCAAGGGCUAUUAGUUCUUGCUGCUAUAUCCAAAGAUGACACAGAAAAGGACGUCGAGUCAAUGGCUAGCAAAAUUCUGAAAGCAAAACUGUGGGAUGAUACAGACAAAGACCCGCCAGCCAAGUGGAAGAAGUGCGUCCCAGAUAUCGGAGGAGAAGUCCUUUGUGUUUCCCAGUUCACUCUGCUCGCAUCCAUCAAGAAAGGCAACAAGCCCGACUUUCACCUAUCCGCAAACGGUGACAAGGCACGCGUUCUCUACCAAUCCUUCUUCAAGAAGGUGCAGACUCUGUACGAACCCGAAAAGGUCAAAGACGGGUUGUUCGCUGCCAUGAUGGACGUGGCGCUUGUCAACGACGGGCCGGUGACUAUUCAAAUCGACACAAAUCCGCCCAAGAUGGAGGAUCCAACGAAUCUAGGACCAAGUGGUGCCGGAACCCCGGGUAGUAGCACCGCAUCGACUACGGUGGACGUCAAUGAUUUAGUAAACAACAUGACGCGGAUUACGAAGGAGUUUCAAAUUCCCGCGGAACUCCUUGAAUGAUUGAGACGGUACUGCUGAGCCCGAUACCCAUGACAUAUUCUCGCACAAAUUGUUUGAUAUCAAUAGAUCUUGCGCAUAAACUAUGCGUUUUGACGGCUUAGAAUAUUAGCACACUGUAUAUUAGAAGAAGGGAUAAAUCUUUCACAAAUUUGAUACGAGAGUCUUCCCUGCCACGUGGAAACUAACAGUCAGUUGGAUGCCCGCGUUCUUUCUUGAUAGGGGACGAACCAUUGGCCAGUGUCGAUUCGAGAACCACAAGUCGGUCAGAUCAACAACAGUCAUGAAUGUCACUUUUUACAGAGUCCCUAAAUCGGCCCGGUAGCUUGCAAUUCAUAGAAGCGAUUUUUGUACUCGCCUACUUUUUGUUACCCUUUUUAUUUUCCUUUUCAAGUGUAGGAACUUCAAUCUGCAACUCAAACACAACGGAAGAAACCACCAAACCACUAUUCACCAAGAUUCACUCGUGGAAAGACAGCCAUUCAAACCGCCCAACUCCCUCCAUAACCCAAGAAUCACCACAAUGACCUUUCAACAUACCCUUUCCGAGCAACCCACCAUCAAGUCCCAAACAUACUUGUUGAUAAACCUACAAAUCUUCGAUCCACCAUACCCACAAUCAGCUUAUACUGCGUCAAUUGUGUGUCAUACAUCUCAUUUAUAUAUCUCUAUAGCAACUACACUAUCAUUACUAGACUAUCCUGAGUCCACUAAAUAAGUCUUGAGUCCUCAUACCUAUCUUCUUGACAUUCCAAGGAAUUAUUACUCCCACCUUCUACACGUACCGUGUCGUGUAAAUAAGUGCCAAGCAUAUGCCACUCUUGGUGACUUACGCAUGGACUCCCUCCCUGCACAAAACUCACCAACCCAAAAGUAUAACAGUCUUCAACUUCCGUCGUAUAUUGACCUACUAUAUUCAAAUACAAAGACAGUGCGAUUCAACGGCUUUCAGUUCCCUAUUGAUUUCUUGUUAUAGUUCUCGUUGCAUUAAUUCUUACAUUGCAUGGAUCUGAUCUUCAUUUACGACUCUCACCCUGAUUUAUCCGUGCCAUGACUUGACAGUGUAACACAAAGUGCUGCAUUCCUGUUUCAUUAACGCCAUACCUUAAAUUGCUUUGACCGUCUUGCUUGACUAUUUACAUGGAAGAGAAUGAGGGAGUGAGCAGUUGAGACACGAAUCUCUAUAGAAGAGCGGAUGUGUGAUCGAGCACACCCGUAUUCGCCGUGCCGACGGGAGGGGGGCACGCGCGCGAUACCUAUGCAAUUUACCAUGGAUUCUAAUGCUCAAGUCACUGAUAUUCUGAUAGGUAGAAGGGCAGAAAGUGACUAAUGUGCACCACGAUACCCUCCUACCCUGCAGU